AAGUACGACGGAGGCAGGGUCACGGGCUAUUCGGAAGACAUUGACACUCUGCUUGUAUUCGCCGGUCUGUUCUCAGCGAUCCUAAGCGCGUUUGUGGUUCAGACAUAUCAGCUGCUCCAGCCUGACAACCUGGAUGCGACGAAUCGACUUCUC